AUGAGGGCUACUUUUAUCACUGCCAUCGCUGCUCUAGCCUCCUCUGCUGUGGCUGCCCCCGCGGGCGGCCUCCCUGAGGUCAGCAUCCUCUCCCAGUCCACUUCCGUGGCCUCUACCACCUAUGCUAUUCCUGCAGCAACCCCAGCGCCCUCUUCAGGUGCCAGCGGUCACAUUAUCCAGGAUGCUGGUCACGGUAUCAACCAGGUUCUGACCGUCACCGGCCCGAACGCGAAGAAGCUCCUCAUUGAGCUCAGCCCCGAGGUUGCUGGUCUGCUCUCCGGUCUCGGACUUCCUGCUGUGGGUGUCCCUGUUGGAGAGAUCGUCAAGUCUGCUGCCUCGGUAGGCGACCUGGUCAAGGACCUUGGCCCAGUUGUCGACGGCCUUCUGACCGUUGUCAGCAAGGACGUUGGCGCUCUCUUGAUCAAGCUGUCUCCUGAGGUUGCUGGCCUAGUCUCUGGCCUCGGCCUCCCUGGAGUCGGUAUUCCCAUUGGCAAGAUUGUCUCCACACUCGGCGAAAACCUAAAGCGUUCCGCCGAUGGUAAGAUUGUCGAGGACGUCGCCCCCAAGGUUCAGGAUGUUCUCGAAGUCACCGGUCCCGAUGCCAAGCGUCUUCUCAUCCAGCUUAGCCCUUCUAUCGCCUCCCUCCUCGCCAGCCUCGGCCUGCCCGGCGUCGGUACCUCCGUUGGUGAGAUUGUUAAGACCGCUGGCAACGUUGGAGACCUCCUUAAGGACCUCGGCGAGCCUGUUAAGAACCUCCUGACUGUCGUCGCCCAGGAUGGCUCUCUCCUUCUCAUUAAGCUCUCUCCUGACAUUGCAGGUCUCCUUUCUGGUGUCGGUCUGCCUGCUCUAGGCACUUCGGUCGGCAGUGUUGUCGCAACCCUUGGCGCCAGCCUGUAA